UGUCUCUGAGCGUGUGUUCAUUCGCCUAUCCAGUUCCGAGCUUUUUUUGCGCUUCGAGUCCGGCAUAACCUCAGUCAUAUCUCAGGCAAUACCGGAGUGCAGAGAUGACUAUGUCUGGCCUGACCUAGUCUUGUCCUCCGAUAGGUUUUGGUUCUUUGCACUUCAUCUUGGUUAGCAGCCACAUAUCCUGGGCAUUAUCCAUGGUCCACACCGUGCCUUCCAAACCCCACAGUGCGUCGGGUAUCUCCAAAUCCGCGAAACUCCACGUAUCUACCUAGACUCCACAUGGGUGACGUUCAGCUACCUGGGAUGAAUUCUCUGUCUUGCACUUUCCGAUCUGCGUAUAACGAUUCUUCCAUGCUACUAUAUCCCGGAUCUCCACUCCCUCGUCCGCCGGUAUGGACUUGCUGGUCUGCAUGCCAAGGAGUUCCUGACGUAGUUCAACGUGGCAGCGGUUUCCGUCGAGACAACGAGUUAUUAUCGCGGCAGGAUCCGCAAUUGAAGCUAUAUUCUUCGUACCGUCUGAUCUCGAGCGGACAUACUUUGCCGUGCGAGUCCGUGUACAUUGUGCCUAGAUAUCGUGAGCGUUGCUUGCGCAGUCUGUGCUGGAUGAUGCUACACCAUGCUACCACACAAUAUCGGACAUGUCUGCAUGCGUAUGUGACUUGGGCGUGUUGACACAUUGUAAGCAAGCAAAGUUGGUUCGAGACAG